CGCUGUGAAUCGUGUGAUGGUCUGUAACCCGCCAAGAAACAAGCAGAAGAAGAAGAGCGCGUCAUCGCAGCUUCCGGUGCCAGUAUGGCGGCUCACGCGAGUGAACUGGAGAUCGCGAAGAAGAAUUUAACCGACGCGAUCGGAGACAAUGUUAAACAUUACUGGGCCAAUCUAAAGCUGUGGUUCAAGCAGAAGAUCAGCAAGGAGGAGUUUGACCUGGAGGCGCGCCGUCUGCUGGCCCAGGACAACGUUCAUGUUCACAAUGACUUCCUGCUGGCCAUCCUCACACGCUGCCAGAUCAUCGUGUCCACCUCAGAGGGCGCGGGAGCUCUGCAGUGGACCGGAGGAUCCGCGUCUAAACCAGGCAAACCCAGCCGAGGCAAGAAGAAGUUUCCCUCCGUGCGGCAGAAGUUUGAUCACCGCUUCCAGCCCCAGAACCCCCUGCAGGCGGCGCAGGCCUUCAGCCCGCGAGAGGCGGAGGACGAGGAGCUGCGGCUGAGCGCUCAGACCCUGCUGCUGCCCACCCGAGGACAGAUGGAGGCGCGCAUGAUGGUCAGCGCCUUCGAGAUGGGCCUGGACAACGUGAGCGAGGACGCCGUGAGCGGCCUGCUGUGUGCGCUGGAGGUCCACCUGAAGGACAUCAUCACAGCGCUGGUCUCGCGGAGGAAAGCGUAUCGUCUGCGCGACGGACACUUCCAGUACGCGUUCGGCAGUGACGUCACGCCGCGGCCGUACCUGAAGAACAGCCUGCCGGCCUAUCAGAGCGUCACAGAAUGCCCCCCGCCGAGCGCAUCACUUCCUGCCGGCCCUCCUCCUCAGGUGUCUCCGGAUGAUGCGGAGCAGCAGGCCGCUCUCCUGCUGGCGUGUUCAGGUGACAGUGUCCCGCCGCCGCUGCCGCCCAUCAGCGUGUACGACCUGCUGGAAGCCCUUCAGGUGCAGCGCAGGGUGAUGCCGUCUCACAGCAUGUACGCGCUGAACAUGGAGCGGAUCCUGGCGCGGCUCUGGCAUCCCAGUCACGAGGAGCUGGAGCAGGACCGGAUCCACCGGCAGCACCUCGCCAGCAGAGACGGCCUGAUGGUCAGCUGAGAGACGUGUGUGUGUGUGUGUGUGUGUGUGUGUGUGUGUGUGUGUGUGUGUGUGUGUCAAGAACACACAGAGGAAGAUCAUCAUCAUCCAGAGACUCUGCAUCACUGGGUCUGUCCGUCACGAGCCCGUCACAUGAUUACUUUGAAUAUUUCUGUGCAUUAUUUUGUUGGAAGGCAGUAAAUAUGAUUUUGUAAAUAUUUGUUCUCUAGUUUUGUAUGUCAGUUCAGCACAUCUGUGUUUUUAUAUCUCUAAAUAAACCACAGGUUUCUGUUCUCAUGA